AUGUCAACGGGGAAAGCCGACCUUAGCAUUAAGGUCCUGCUUAUUGGAGAUAGUGGUGUGGGCAAGUCUUCUCUCCUCUUGUCCUUCACAAGCGGCGCCUUUGACGAGGACAUCAACGCCACCAUUGGCAUUGACUUUAGGGUGAAAAAGGUUGAGGUACUGGAUGCCCACCUCGGGCAGCGAAAGCAGCUAAGUAUGCAGCUUUGGGAUACCGCGGGCCAGGAACGGUUCCGCACGUUGACCAGCUCUUACUAUCGCGGUGCGAACGCGGUGGUGCUGGUGUAUGAUGUGAACGAGCCGCAGACUUUUACCGGUCUACAAGAAUGGCUGGAGGAGGCUAACGCUUACUGCCGCAGUGAGCGCGACGAGGACAGCGUGAUCUACCUGCUGAUCGGCAACAAGGUAGACCGCUGCCCAAUGGAAGGUGACAUGGCUGUGAGCAAGGCGACUGCGCAGAGUUUUGCUAAGCAGCACGCCAUGCUUUUUGCCCUCACGUCUGCCAAAACGCAGGUUGGCGUCGCGCAGGCGUUUGAUGAAGUUGCCCGGAACGUGUUUGACAAGCUGAGCGAGAUGGAAAGUAUGCAGCGUGGGAGAGGGACCACCCUUCGCGAUGAGGACCUCAACAGCGGUGGUGGUGGUUGCUGUUAG